GCACCAAGUCAAAGGCAAACAAAACUGACAAAAACUGAAUGCUCGUCUAAACACCUCGUACUCUCUCUCGCAGUCUCGCUAAACCAAAGCAAAAAAGCAUGUGGGUUCUCAUAAUUCACGGCCUCAUCACGGCCUUAGUUGUCGUCUCUUUCCUUUGUGGCCAAUGGCCCAUCUUUAAAGGCACCCCCAUCGAACGCGUCCACCGGUUUCUCACUUUUGGCGCCUACGAUUACUUUCUCCGGUUUGUUGGGUUCGUAUGUGGGGAGAAGGGGACUAAUGCGAUUCUUUCGGUUGAGCAUUUUUGUUGCGAUCGGCCUAACCCGAUUUUACAGAUAAUUUAUUUGGCAAUAAUUGGUGGGACUUACUAUUUUAUUGCAAAGUCAUGCUUUAGCUAUAUUCCUGGAUAUUAUUUAAGUGGAAUUCACAGGUACACAGGCUUGUUGGGAGUUGGUGUCGGGAUUCUACUUUUCCUGUUGACUAGCUUUACUGAUGCAGGAACUGUGAAUGCAGAAAAUGUUUCCCAGUAUCUCUCUGCUUAUCCCUAUGACAAUAUUAUAUUCACAGAUAAAGAAUGUUCUACUUGUAAAAUUCCAAAGCCUGCUAGGUCCAAACACUGCGGCAUAUGUGGUCGGUGUGUUGCCCGAUUUGACCACCAUUGUGGAUGGAUGAAUAAUUGUAUAGGGGAGAGAAAUACCCGAUACUUCUUGGCUUUUCUUUUAUGGCAUUUCCUUCUUUGUUUAUAUGGGACCAUUGCUAUUGGAUUGGUUCUUGCUGGUCGAUUGAAAGAAUUAAGAGUUGUAUAUAUUCUGACAGUUUAUUAUGGCAUAGAAAAUUCUUUUUACAGCUUAGCACCGCAUGUUGUACAGUGGUUGUUGGGCUCAUAUAACACUCAGAUACUACUUAUGGUGUUUCUUGCCAUUGUCUCUCUCUUACUGGCGGGUUUCUUUGGGUAUCAUGCCAACCUUUGUCGGACAAAUACAACAACAAAUGAGACCUUCAAGUGGCAAGAUUACAUAAACUGGCGGAGAAAGCUAAAUGAAGCAAGGGCAAGUGCUGCAGCACUUAAAUCAAGUAUAAGUGGCAUGAGCAGUGAAAGCAAGCUUCCAGAGAGCAAGUGGAAAGCUUUUUUUCGACGAUCCCCUCUAGAAGAUGCCGAGGUGGUUGUUAAGAAUAACGUAUAUGAUAAAGGAAUGUUUCACAAUAUUUGGGAGGUCAUAUAUCCCCUAUCAACAAGACGGUCAUUUUCACAAAGAAAAUCAAAGUCCACCUGAGAUUGUUGCAAAAGACUACACACUUAGCUAUAUGAAUGCAACUUUUCAUGCAUUAUUUGUUCCACCAGUAGUUUCAUGGCAUACUAACAUGUCUCAAGGGGAGUGUUGUGUGAAACUAUAGAGCCUUGUAUUUCCUCAUUAACCAUCAUCAGUGAAAGCUUGAGGGUAUUCUGUUGUGCCGAGAGAUCGAUGGCAUGAAUUAUGUGUCGUGUCAUGUGUGAUCCUGAGCUCCUAAAAUGUUUUGAGGCAUGGAACUAUAAGAAUAGUUUGUUGAGGGGGCACAGUCUGCUGAUUGUCAUACUUUCUGAAUUGCAUUAGUCUACCAAUGAUUUCUAAAGAA